UAGCAAGACGCAGACUUGGAGAUUGGCACCGACUCAUUCAUGUUAUCAGAUGAAAGAAGUAAACAGUAAAGCAGAACCUGACCACGGCCAGACAGAACAAACCUUUCGCGAUGUUCAUGGAGUGACGCUACGACAAUAAUAGAAGGCAAUCAAGAAACAAGAUUCCAAGAUGAACUACGUACCAGGGACGGCAAGUCUCAUUGAUGAGAUCGACACCAAUUUAGUUUUCCAUCAGACAGUUGAACGUAUCCACGUGGGCAAGAAAUUUGGUGACAUCCCAAGAGGAAUCUUCAUUGUGCGAGGAGAAAAUGUGGUGCUGCUUGGCGAAAUAGAUGUGGAUAAACCAUGUGACACAGUCCUGCAACAGGUCUCCAUUGAGGAGAUUCUGGAGGAGCAGCGGUUGAAGCAGCAAACUAAGCAGGAGACUGAGAAAGUGAAGAUGCAGGUCCUGAAAGACAGAGGCCUCUCCAUCCCCAAAGCUGAUAACUUGGAUGAAUAUUAAAACGGCCUACAGCCCAUGAGUUGCUUCAGUUUGUAUCAGACUGGUAUCUUUUUGUAUCAGACUGGUAUCUUAGUUGAAUUUGAUAACAUGAUUUUAUGUGCACAAGGCAACAUUUUACUUUGCCUCCUUACUGUAGUGUACUGUAUACAUUUAAUUUGAAUGCACUUCUCUCUGUUUUGCAGGUCAACCAUUUGUUGUAGCUCACUAUGAUAGCAAUUAUUUGACAGCGGCACUUUGUGUUACUCAAUCAAGUGUUUGUAGUUGGAGAUACUAAGGCCUGGUAGUGACACAAAGGUAAUGGUUAUGCUCCAUUAAAAUGUUAUUUUUGUCUCUCUUUCACUCUCUUUGUUCCCUUUCCAUUGUAAAUAUGAAUAUCAAUGAAGCGUUCUGGAAGAAG